AUGAAUGAAUUCUACCAUACUGGUACGGGUUUCGUGCACUUUCUGAACUCAAGUUUCCUUUUUGUGCUCUUUUUUAGAACCGUGGUUAUGGAACGUCAGGAGGCCCGCUUUGUACCCAGGGGCGAGCAGCUCGACCGACAGGCAUUCAAGGCUGAUCUCCCGCGGGAUAAGUGCCGCGUCAUCCGUGAAUUUGUGGCUGAUAUUUUUAACCGACAUAUCACUGAGGCCCUCAAGCGCCGAAACACCAUACGACAGGACUUGAAGUCACAGUCCAUUCGCAGACUCUUCGUCGAUGAGUUGGGCAAACAGAUCAUUCCGCCCUCUGACGAUGGCAGUACUGGUGGUUCGACAGCGAAUGCCCAUGGCCGGCGUGCCUCCCUGAACUGGGAUCAGUUCGACCUGAUUGUAGGCUUAUUAGAUGAAUCCCUUCGGUAUGAGGACAUGUCCUACAACACUGUGAUUGCGCCCCUCGUUGUCGACCUGGCUACGCGUCUCAGCACUCAACUUGGUGGAAUCCGCUAUUUCGCCAACAUGACCCACAGCAUUCAGCGCCACCGCAUAUGGGGAGACCUCACCUUUUGGGAAGAUGUCUUCAAUGAACAGGUGAACAACCAACUCCGCCAACUGUACCUUUAUCACUCGGGAGAGCAACAGGCGCAGGAGACUGCGUCGCCCAACUCUUUUCCUGCCUAUUCAACGGACCUCAGUACUCUGGAGAUCGCUGCUGAGGAGCUGCGCAUAGGCAAAUUGCGUCCCGCGGAAAUGCAGACCACCUUACAGAUGCACGAGGAGAAAACCCUCUGCGCUCAGAUUGUGCAUUUCAUCAACCUUAUCAUCAAUUUCUGUGUGCCCCUGAGGGCGGCAUCCUCCGUGGCCCAGGGCGGUCAGAAGGGUGGCACAUCGGGAGACCUCUUGGAUACCUCUGGUCCCUAUCCUGCAACUGGAUCGGGGACAUUGCAAAGUGGAUGGCCUGUUAAUACACCACACGGCCAGCAAAGGAAGGAUACCGGUUUCUCUAGGUGGGUACUUCCAUGCGAAGGUUAA